UAAAAAGCUUCUGACCACAGGGAGAAGCAUCUGUGUUGCUGGAGCAGGGAAGCGGGAGACUCUGGAAUCAAGCUGCAGGAACCAGAAGGAGGACAGAAUCGUGAGAGAUAGGAGCACGGCCUGGGAAGGGAGCCCCACGGCAGCCCUGAGCUGGGAGGGUCCACAGCUGGAUUCAAAGAAUAAUCCUUAACAGAGACCUUCAGGAAGAUUGAUUCCCAUGGCCCGGUGAAGAAAAAGGCCGCCAGCCAAUGGCCCUCCCCAGCAGCUGAAACGGGAGCCAGGUUUUUUCUAUUUAUAGCAACGCCCACAGUGCCCUGCGCGGCGCAGCUGCUGCCUUUGGACUCAGUUGAGAAGUUUGGUCGAUACACAAACAACAGCACAAUGUCCAACUCUGAUCGCCUUCCGGAUUACCCACUCAACUCCGAUUUAGUGAGGAGAUUAAAGUCUGCCCUGGACGCCAGGGAUGAGGACAGAGUGGGCCACCUGAUCUGCACCGAAGUGGGGCACGUGGACGCCGUGAUAGAGCUGGCCAACGAGGACUGGAUGAAGGAGCCCUCGGCUCAGCUGCCCGCCGGCGUGCUCGUAGGCCUCUGGACCCUGGAGUACAAGCGCGAGCUCACCACGCCCCUGUGCAUCGCCGCGGCCCGUGGCCACACGGCCUGCGUGCGCCACUUGCUCAGCCGCGGCGCGGACCCCGACGCCAGCCCCGGCGGCCAGGGAGCCCUGCACGAGGCCUGCCUGGGGGGCCACACGGCCUGCGCCCAGCUGCUGCUGCAACACAGCGCCGACCCCGACCUGCUCAGCGCCGAGGGCCUGGCGCCCCUGCACCUCUGCCGCACGGCCGCCUCGCUCGGGUCCUGCCGCAGGUCUGCCCAGAAAUUCUUCGGAAGUGCUCAGACAAGACAUACUUCUCCCUGCCUUGAGGGCAGUACUGCACACAGCAUGGACGGUGUUCCCCAUUUACUGAAUGAGCAAGCGAAUGCAUGAAGCACUGGCAGAAAAGUCCAGAAAUAACUUACGGAGAAUGCCUCAACCCGUGCCUGGCUCAGAGAGAACGCUUAACAGACGAUACCAGUGGGAGGAGGUGGCAGGUGGGUGGCAUGGCUGAGAGCUUUGGAGCCAGAGGAGGAAGACCUUGGCUGUAUGGCCUUAUGCAAGUCACUGGUCUUCCAAGCCUCAAUUUUCCCACCUGGAAAUUCUACCCAGAGGGCAGAUUUGUUGUGAAAACCACAGAUAACAUUUUUUAAAAAUAAAUUUAAAAAUCAAGUACUGGGGACCUCUCAGCUCAGGUGCAGAGGUGUGAAAUCCCACUGUUGAGGGCUUUGUGUAAACCGAGUAAUGAGGAGGAGGGAGGACAGAAGAAGGAAAGCCUUGAGCAGGCGCCGUCUCACGGGAUGUAGGGAGGCUUGGCAGGUGCUGUCAAGCAGGACGGGAGCGAGGAAACAGCAGAAAAGCCCAGGGUGGAGGAACCGUGUGGAUUUCCGCACUUGGGAGGUAACCAGGUGGUGCCUCGGGAAGAUGCCAGAAGGUAGAUGGGAGCUAUGUGUGGGACGUGGGCUCAGAGUCCUACUUGCCCACUUAGAAGUAAGUUAAAAUGACACUGAUUCCACAGCCCUUCACGGGCUCAUCUCUAUUAACUCCUGCCUUUUGGCUUCAGCUACUUUUUCUGUGUACUGGGAACCUCGGGCCCCUGUAACAGCCUGUCACCACGAUCAUUAUCAAAGACGGCAAUGAGGGAUGGGGGUGUUCGCGUUCGCCCCAGCUGCUUUGGAUCAGAGGCUGUCCAGACAGCACAGUGGCUCCGUAAUCCCUCUAAGACAGAGACAAGUCAUUCUGACAUGCUUAGAUGGGAAUGUACCCUUGCUUCCUGACGUGACCGCUUGACACUGGCCCCAGGCCUUCCUGACUUGCCUGUCUACCAGGAUAGCAGGAAACCUGCUCACAAAACCUGUCACCGAGGAAAGGACUCGGCCAAAGCUGAGCCGCCCACACAGUCAUGCAAAAGCUUGGGUGGGGCUUUCCUCGCUAGGCCAUUUCUCCUUCCGCUGGAGACCUUGACACCUGCAAGGUCAGGUCUAGGAGGUCCCCUAGACUGUUACCAUUUAUCACUCUGCUUCUCACGGCCCCUGCCUGCCUUCAGGCUCACCUUCUCGGGGGUACUGCCACACAUAAUUUCUGAGAGCGCGGCUUGGACCUGGACAGAGCAGUGGAAACUUUGAGCUCAUUCUGAGAACCUGGAAAGCUCAGCUGACAUUCUUAGAAUCCAGGAACUGUCACAACAGCCGGUGGGGGAUGGGUUUGUUAUGAUCAGCCUCUCUUGCUCCCUUUUCACACUGUAACUCUGAUUCAUUAUGGAAAUUUUGAAAAUACAGGCAAGCAAAAAGGAAAUCAAAGCACCCUUCACCCCAUCAGCCAUAGGUAAACACACAUUGGCCUCCCUCCUUCCAGGCUUGCUUGCUCUCAGUGCCUAUGGAUCUCUGCUUUCUCUCUCUCUCUCUUUUUUUUUUUUUAACAAGGCUGUUCAGUACUGUUUUGUACCUAAUCUUUUCACAUAACCACUGCAAAUAGCUUUCCAAGUCAUUAAACAGGCUCCCACACCUUCAUUUUUGAUGACUGCCCAGUGUGCGCCAGCAGAGACCUGCCCCAGUGAAUUGUUUUUGUUGUUUCUCUCGUGCAUGUGGUCUGCAACUUACAUCAUUACCUGCUCGAAGGAAGUGCCAAGGUUUAGCCAAUUAGAGUCUCUUCAUUAAAAACGAAAAAGGGCACCUGCAGCCCUCCAGAGGGUGGGCCAGUGCCCUCGUUCUUCUGAAGGAUAUCCUUGCUGCAAAUAGCAACCUGGCCAUCUGCCAGUUAGGUUCUGGAUGGCGAAAAGAGGUCUGGUUGCAUUUCCCGGAGGACUUCUCCGGAGAGGCCGGGCUGCUUUAAAAAAAAGAGUAAUAGAAGAAAAUGUUUUGUGAUUGUUUGUGAGAACACAGGCUCCGCGGCAAAACGAGACAGAACCCUGAUUUCUCACCUCCUGCUGCACUGUUCAAAAUGCCUCCCAGAGAGGCAAGGAGGAAGCAAACGCGAAGCCCUCUGAUUGUGAAAUUUGCAUCCUCUCCUAGCUGGUUAUUGUCCCAGAGGGCAUUUCACAUCAAAUUGUACGUGUUUGUAAAGAUUUUUCACCCAAGGCAGACCACUUCUCCAGAUACUGCUGUCAGGGGCUGGAGAAAUAGACAGAAUUAAAAAUACGGAGAGACCCGGGGUAGAGAGAGGAACGGAUUGAAGGGCGGCAGACACUUCCAGCCUGGAAACCCUCGAUGCGGGUUCUCGUUCAGAGCCCCAGCCGGGUAAAUAAUGGGAAAAACAGCAGCCGCAGGAAGUAGAGCUGAAAGACGUCCAUUAACCAGAUGCGUUGGUGCGACGUGCUUUCUGGGAACACCCAUGGCAGGCCAGCUCCGCCACGGGCACCAAAGCACAGAGACCAAUGAAACCCCCAUUUCUACAGUCAACGAGCCACCCGUCUUCAGGCAGGCGUCGGACGAGCUGGUGAACAUUA